AGGGCCGCAUCCAUCAUCCCCGGAGCUACCAACGGAAGUCCUCCUUCAUUGGGGAAGAGUCCUGUGAUCAGAUUGUCUGGUGGAACAUCUGCGACCCAUUCCAGCUCGGAAAGUCGCGCUCCGGUCCCCUUCUGGUAUUUCGAACCUUCCCUACUCUCAAAGUCCAGCAUGCUGCCAUUCUUCACCACCUACGCCACCAGUGCGCGCCGUAGGGUUGAGCGAUCCUAGCUCCGAUCUGGCUCUGGCGACAGAUAGUCCACGUGGUAUCAUGGAUUGCGCAGCCUCGUCGCAGGGAAGACCCCAAACCGGGUGAAUCAGGACGAUUGAAAUGGACAUGUACAGAUUGGGGAACACAACGGCCUCCAUGAUCAGGCUACGCUUUGCCCAACAUAGGCCGGAGUGUGCUCGCCCGGGCCUGCUUUGGGAACUGAUCUGCUCCGAAUGCGGGUGGCCCUGGUGAGGAGCAUUUGUCAACGGGAUUCAGCUAUGAUAUAUCUCGUCCUCUUUCCGCUCCGGUUCUCUGUCGUUCUCAGCACGUAUUACCACAUCUACUUCGCUUUGGCGAGCUUGAAACAUGGCCGACAUCAACGACAAAACCGGCGCUCAUGAAAUCGAGAACACGCCAACUGUGGUUCAAGAAAAGGAGAUCAACGUCGUUAAUGCUGACUUCGCAGCUGCUCUUGCGGACAACCCGCCGAGCCCUUGGGGUCGAGGCCACCUUGCUCUCUAUGGUUGCUGCAUCGUCGUCUACCUGUGUUCCACCAUGAAUGGCUACGAUGGCUCGCUCAUGGGCAGUAUCAAUUCUAUUCCAAACUACCUCAACUACUACAACGUAUCAGAGAAUGAACAAGCCGGCACGGGCAUUGUAUUUGCGAUAUUUCAGAUUGGUCAAAUGACGGGAGCAUUCUUCGUUUGGAUGGCCGAUUGGAAGGGCAGAAAAGUACCCAUCUUCCUUGGUUGCUUUGGUGUCAUAAUCGGAACAAUUGUAACAGCGACGGCGAAAACAAUGCCCACUUUUAUCGGCGGGCGAUUUCUGCUUUCCUUCUUUUGUACCUGGGCAGCGACCGCCGCGCCUAUGUAUUGCGUGGAAGUCGCUCCACCAUUAUAUCGUGGGACCGUCUCGGGUCUCUACAACACAUUGUGGUACAUGGGUUCAAUCAUCGCGACUUUUGCCGUCUACGGUACCCAUAUCCACUUUGAUGAUAACCUCAGCUGGCGACUGCCUCUUUGGUUGCAAAUGCUUUGCCCAGGGAUUGUAUGCGCCACUGUCUGGCUCCUCCCAGAAUCGCCUCGCUUCCUCGUGGCCAACGAUCGCCUAGACGAAGCUCGGAAAUUCAUCAUCAAGUACCACGCAAAUGGGGAUGCUUCCCAUCCUAUCGUGAACCUCGAACUCAACGAAAUUCAGCAGAACUUACGCGAUGUUCCCUUAACUUCCUGGAGCAAUUUCUUCGACAUUACCAUUUUGUUCAAAUCUCGCUCGCGCCGAUACAGGAGCAUGUUGAAUUUUGCCUGGAGUUGGUUCGGUCAAUUUUCUGGGAACAAUGUCAUAUCAUACUACCUUCCACUCCUUCUGACCAAUGUUGGAGUCACGGACACCAACACGGUGCUCUUGCUCAAUGCAAUAUACGCACUGACUGGUUGGAUUGCGGCUGCGACAGGUGCCCGCUUCCACGACAUCAUCGGCCGACGAAAGAUGAUGCUGGGCUCGACUCUAGGCAUGAUCAUCUGCUUAACGAUCACUGCCGGAACGGCCGCAGGCUACGUCAAUACCGGCUCCACAUCAUCUUCCAAGGCCAGCAUUGCCUUCAUCUACAUUUUCGGGGUCACCUUUGCUUUUGCCUACACGAGCAUGCAGCCUAUCUAUCCUGCUGAAGUGAUGUCAAACGAGAUGCGAGCCAAAGGCAUGUUCUUGUUCCAGAUCACUGCCGGUCUGGCAUCCUUUGUCAACACGUUCGCUGCACCUGUGGCCUUGAAAAACAUUGGAUACUGGUUUUAUGUGUUCUUUGUCUUUUGGGAUUGCUUCGAGUUCCUCUUCAUCUACUUCUUCUUCGUGGAGACCAAGGGCAGAACUCUCGAGGAGCUAGACGAGGUGUUUGAAGCCAAGAACCCUCGGAAAGCCAGUACGAUGAAGGUGCGGGUUCGCAAGCAAGAAACUGUUGACCGGCACGGAGUGCACAAUGUCUCGAUCACGGAGAGCAGUAUCCAACCUCGAAGCAGCGCGGACUGAAGGACAGUAGUGGAGGUACACGCUGGCCCAAGUCGCCAGGCACGAUGGGCCCUGACGUGUUUGCGAAAAUUUAUGAGACGGAUUCGACUCCGGCCCGUGCAAUUGGGGAUGGAGUUGUCAGAAUGCAUCACUGAGAUGUGUGGUGCCUUUAUUGAGGCUGAAAGGACAUUUCGGGAGACAAGUCAGUGAUCGAUAUUCUACUGUGCAAUGAACUACCUAUGCGGCGAUCAGCACUCACGUCCUAUUGCCUGUGCCGCUUUGCGCGGGACGAGGAUCCCAAGGAGCCCAUGGAUUAGGGAUCCAGCACAGAUCCGACCAAAUUUCGAAAUAGAACAGGAACAGGAGCAUGUGGAGCCCUUCAGAGUCGUUGCUUGUGGCAGGCAUCUUUCAUGUACUUACAGCAGACGCCGAAAAAUCAGGAGACAAACCUUGGCCAUAUCAUAGAUCAAGGUCUUUGGCUUGGGCGACCAGAAGCAGAGGCAAUCUUCAUCACAUCUCAAGCAAACAUGAUAGGUACUUUACCAGGGUAAAUACCUGAUGCCUCAUGCUAAUUGUCACUUUGCGCAUCGGAUGAAUGCAGUAAAUUCCAUCAUAU